UUCGGUUCGGUUUCAGCACAGCCAUCAGUUCAGUCGUCAGUACAGUUAUGGCUUUCAAGGCGGUUUGAAGCAUCUUUCUGUGCACACGUCGUUGGUUGCUUAUUUCGGGUCUCCUCUCCGCAAGUAGCGCGCAAGUAGGUCGAUCUCACGGCUUUUGGCUUUUUGGUUUUCCGAUUUCGUGUUUGCCGCGUCGUCCGUCGCUCGCAAGUUGCGUUUUGUUUUCGCUUCACGUCGCGAGAGUCGUCGGCGGCUAGAGAGCUAGAAACAGUGCCGUCGCGCGUGUGGAAUUGGCUUGGCAGCAGCAGCAGCAGUGCAUUGCGUUGGGGUGUUUCGGAAUCCGGCUUCAGAUUUUGCGAGUCGAGAGUAUUUUGAAAGAGUGACGAAGAUUGUGCGAAAAUAACGAGUGACUAGUGACAGAAGAAACACGUAGCGAAAAGGAUAACGAAUUUGGAAUAAGAAGUGGGGGAGCAGCCUAGACAAGGAUAUACGCCAGCUUGUGUGGAACGAAAAUAAAAUUUUCGCAAUUUCGUGAAAUUCUGUGUGGAGCCAAGUUUAUCAAAAGAUUUUAGCGGCUAAUUAGAGCGACUGAAACUCAUUCGUGACGACGAUUUGAAGGUAGUGAGGCUCUUUGUUUGUGCGACAGGAAGAAUAACGCGUGGUGGUGUAAUUAUCAGUCUGUGAGUGAAUCAAGUUGCCAGUUGAAAUGAUUCGUAAGCUCGUCGUAGCUGCUACAGGAAAGUUCAUGUGCUAACGCAGAGUGUGACAACCAACACAAAACCGUGAAAUCAGGCACCAAGAUGGCUCAUUCGAAGCAUUGAGAACCUAGUGUGAGAAGCGUUCAGGAAUAGCAACGGAAGAUUUGUUGAGCUUAUACAUAUAUAUUUUUUUAAGUUAGCUCCUCGGAAGAAACCCCCCUUAUUUUAGUGUACAUAGUGUAGCCACUUAAGUUGCUUCAGUGCUUUCCAUUAAUCGUAAUCAUUGAAGAAUAGAAGAAAUCUUCAAAACGCGAUGGAUACGUUGAAUUCGGCAACGCCCGCCACGGUCCCUAAUGGUAUCGACUUUGCCCGACUCUUCGCGAACAAACCGGAAGACGUGAUUCCGUCAGCCUCGUCCUCGCAGCAACAACUGAUUCCCGUUACGGUUUCAGCGAACGGUACCACGACAAUCCCCGCGACCGUGACGUUCGUAAACCACUCCGGUACGGUCGCGUUAGCCACGGUGGCCGCGGCUGCAGCUGCUGCGGCAGCGUCCGGUUCCGCUGCCGCCGGUACGUCCACUUCCGCGUCGAGCCUCGCACUACUCGGUGCCGCGUCUGCCGCCCAGAACGGUCCCGCUAACAAGAAGUGCCCGUACCAUCGGCAGUGCUACCGGAACCAUCAUCACCAUCAACAGCAGCAACAACAUCAAAUGCAACAACAAAGCGGAGGACGAAGCGGCCGAACGGUCAGUGUUGCCAGCGGAGCCGGUUCUACGGCUCUGUACCCGCAGCGGGAUGCCAUCUCAACGAAUGUGACGCCGCCGCUGAAUGCUGCCGUCCUGGCGGAGCGCUACCUGCUGCUGGACAGCGUCGAAGGUAGCUCGCUGUACCGCUGCAUCGACAUUAAAACUCAGGAAGAGCUGGUUUGCAAGAUUGCCAACAAUCCGUGCUCAAACCUACUGACUGCCCAUUUCCGCCUGGAUGGCCACCCACACGUGAACUAUCUGCACAAAGUGAUUCAGGGAAACAACCAGACGUAUCUAUUUUUCGCACCGUCGCAGGGCGAUCUCCACUCGCAUGUCCGCGUCCGGAAGCGGCUCCGAGAGCCGGAAGCUCGCCGGCUGUUCCGUCAGAUGUGCGAAGUGGUCAAAACGUGCCACGAGCAGGGCAUCGUACUGCGUGAUCUCAAGCUGCGAAAGUUCGUGUUCGCCGACAGUGAAAGAACCCAACUGAAACUGGAAUCGCUCGAGGACGCCGUUGUGCUGGACGAUCCCAGCGAAGACCUCCUGCAGGAUAAACGGGGCUGUCCCGCGUAUGUGUCGCCGGAAAUCCUAAAAGCGAACACCACCUACUCCGGAAAGGCUGCCGACAUGUGGUCGCUCGGAGUGAUCCUGUACACCAUGCUGGUCGGAAGAUAUCCGUUCAACGAUUCGGAGCACGCCUCGCUCUUCGCCAAGAUCAGCCGCGGCCAGUUCACGGUGCCCGAUUGCCUUUCGUCGAAGGCCCGCUGCAUGAUCCGGGCUCUCCUCCGGCGGGAACCGGAGGAACGGAUAGCCUCGGAUGACGUGCUGUAUCACCCGUGGUUGCAGCACGACGACACCCGGGAUCAUUUGAGCUAUGUGAGCGGUAGCAGCAGCAGCAGCCGUUCGGGCUCGUCCGGUCAGCAGGACGAUCAGUGCGUUCCGGAGUGGGUCGAUCCGAUCGGCAGCGAAGAAGAUGCCGGCGCGUACAGGAUUGGAAGGGGUCGGUUCGGGUCGGACUCGAACCGUUUCGAGGACGGGGAAGUGGUUUAAGCGGCGUGGCUGUGAAUGAUCGUCGCGGCCUUCAUGGCGAGGUCGAUCGCACUUGUUUUAAGAGCGCAAUUAGUACGUUAUCUUGAUUGAUUCUUUAAACGGUUUAUUUUGCGGCCUUCUGCCUGUUUUUCGGCACAGAAGUUCGAUUAGCCUUUAGUUAUUUUUUUUUUUUGAAUUAAGAAACAUUGAGUUUUAUUUAUUAAUUUUUUAGGAAAUCGCCUAAGCAGGGGAAGCUUGAUCGUCCUCGCGAAUUAUUUUUAUUUGCAGAGAAUUGGUGGAUAUUUUCUCUUGGGUUUCGUUCUGAAACAAGAAAAUGCCACUGGUCAUAGCUUAUAGUUCAAGUUAGCAACCGGUGAGCGAUGAUCUCAGUUGGUUUCGAUGAAGUUCGAGUUCCUCACACUAUUGUGCAUUGUAUGAUCGUACAAAAACCAAACUUGUAAACGAUAGUGACUCGAAGAAUGAUCCGUUCCAUGAUCGAUUACACCCCAGAGGAGAAAAGGUGAUUUUUUUUUGGAAAAAGUUUCUCUGUGAUAAUUGUUUUUCAUACUGGAUAUUGGAACAAAAAUGUCGUAGAGAGAGAGAUCCGUUAUCACAACUUUUGUAUCACAAAGUAACACGAAAUCGAUUGGAAGUGUCCAAUACAGCUUUCUCCGUCGCUUACUUUCAAUACUUUUUCUUAGUGCAAUUUUUAGUUCUUUCACCCUAUGCUGGUACUAACAAAAUUGUACUUUUGCUCGUUAAUUUAGAACUCUUUCUUCGUUUAUUUCUUCAUUUUCCUUAUUGUUAGCAUUGGGCAAAACUGUGACGCUGCAUAUGAAAUUCAGUAAAUUUAAUAACUUAUUGUUAAAAUAAAACAUCCUCGUAGAACAUAACACAACAGACUGAAACCUACGAAAAGUUUUAAGUUUUUUUUUUAAUAUAGAUGUAUGAUAGAGCCGUUUUUAUGAGAAAAUACACAAUAGAGAAUCACACAACAAAGCAGCCAUCAGAGAGACUCAGUUAUAAAGCGAUUUCGAAUCCCACAAAAAGCAGAUUUGGCCCCCUUUUCUUGGUAUUUUUUCCUGUUGUUAUCCUAUAAAAAAUCGAAUCGUGAAAACUGGCAACCCUGUUGAGUACUGAUUCCAGUAUUUCAAAUUCGAUUUAUACAGAAUUGAAGAAGUAUCUGUUCUACCGCAUUUUACCCAAAAACUUUGUCUUUCUGUUUAGUGGCACAUCACGAUUCAACAUGGCGACCGUAAGAUUAUUGAUCGGGCUUGAUCUGUCCGAGUAUUUCUACAGUGUUUCCACUACUUCAUUGAGAAUGAGUUUGCAAUCUGUAAUCUGAAAAAAAAAGCGUUUAAGGAUAACUUCCUGCUUCGAUUAAGGCUUAAAGUUACCAGUUUUCACGAUACGACGUUUUCAUAUACAAGAGUAAUCCAUAGACCUUCAAUUUCACAAAACCCAACAACAGCAACAGGAACAAAAAUGUGUGAUAAAAACGAAAAACGAAACGGUCUUCUACUUUUUAGGCCCCAUCAUAGGAUACCUGCGAGUGAAGGUUGUAAAUAUAGAGAGUUACUACUACUACUAUUACUAUACCGAAAAAGAGAGGGGGAACCCGGAGUAUUUCCCAUCUGUUCAAUCUCAGAAAGUGGAGAUAUCCCCUGGUUCCCCUACUUUUACUAAAGUUAAAAUUUGUGAUGUAACAAAGAGAAUUAUUUUUAAAGUUUCUUUUAUUUUCCAAGAUUUUUUCUUUUUAUUUCCUAUUACUCCAUAAUAGCAAGCCAAUCAAAUCUUCCGUUCAAAAUCCUGAAUUCUUCCUAAAUAAGUAGCUUUUAGAUGCAUAUACAUAUAUAUGUAGAUCUAGAUAGAGUUUUAUUGAGUAUGUAUAGGAAAAAGUGCCUGCCGAACGUCGCGCCACCACACUAAGCCGGGGGAAUGCGCGCGCAUUAUAGAAUAUGGAAUAAUGGGGACGGGUUUGGCAGGUGCCGUGGUAUUUGAUUAGAUGGAAUGAACGAGGAAGGUGAAUCCAAUAGAUAGAUAGAGCAUACACACAAACACAAACUAAAUUAACGUAAUUAGCAACUGUGAAUGUGAAGGAGAAUAAAUUUAAUUCGUUAACAA